AGGUGUUGUAGAGAGAGUGAGUGUGAUCGGGCAGCUGAGCCUCACCGUUUUACGAGCGAUCUCAGCCAAUGCGUGCGUCUGGACGUCACUCCCAACAAUGCCUCUGUCAGCGUACCUGAACUGCUGCUGAACCUGACUGUGCAGAAUGUACCGGAUCUGUCUUCCGGUGUCACCUGUGUGUUCGGGGACAUGGCCGAAAGCGAGGCAGUCCUAGUGGAUGAAACGGUUCAGUGCUCCUCCCCUUCACUGCAUGACAUUCCUGGAAUCACAGGAGGACAGGGAGCUCUACACACAGUCCAGCUUUACCUGAAGUCCAAGGAGACGGGUCUGAGGUUUGCCAGCACCGACUUUGUCUUCUACAACUGCAGCGUCCUUCAGUCGUGUCUGUCCUGCGUGGUCAGUCCGUAUGCGUGCCACUGGUGUAAAUACCGUCAUAUUUGUACACACAAUGCCGAAGAGUGUUUCUUUCUGGAAGGUCGUGUGAACAACACUGAUGGAUGUCCAGAGAUUAUUCCGACCGGUGAAAUCUUGAUACCAGUUGGUGUGGUGCAACCGAUCACUCUGAAAGCCAAGAACCUCCCUCAGCCGCAAUCUGGCCAGAAAAACUACGAAUGCGUGUUCAACAUUGAAGGGAAAAUACAACGAGUUCCUGCGGUGAGGUUUAACAGCAGCAGCGUGCAGUGUCAGAACACUUCGUAUACAUACGAAGGCAAUGACUCUGGUGACAUGAAGGUGGACUUUUCUAUUGUUUGGGAUGGACAUUUUUACAUUGAUAAACCUGCAUCCUUCCAAGCUCUGCUAUAUAAAUGCCCAGCACAGCGUGAUAGCUGUGGCCUCUGUUUGAAGGCGGAUCCUCGCUUUGAGUGUGGCUGGUGCGUGACUGAAGGAAAAUGCCUCCUAAGGCAGUAUUGCCCUAAUCCGAAAACCAACUGGAUGCAUCUCAGUAAACGGAACACACGGUGUACCAGCCCUCAGAUCUAUGAGAUUCAUCCUCUCACUGGUCCAAGAGAGGGUGGAACCAAGGUGACUAUCACUGGUGCUAACUUGGGUCUCUUCUUCAGAGAAGUGUGGGUACAGGUGGCUGGAGUACAAUGCUCAUCAGUACCCUCGCAGUACAUCAGUGCUGAGAGGAUUGUCUGUGAAAUGGAAGAGUCACUGGUUCCUAACCCUGCCCCUGGUGUGGUGGAGCUUUGUAUUGGAGACUGCAGCGCUGAGUAUAGAACACAGUCUGAUCAGCUUUACACUUUUGUGACUCCUACUUUUCAUGAAGUGAGCCCCAGGCAGGGCCCAGCAUCGGGUGGCACUCGACUUACUAUUAGUGGUAAAAACCUGGAUGCUGGUAGCACUGUGUCUGUACUGGUCAGAGACUCAGAAUGCCGCUUUGUCAAGAGAAAUUUGCGUGAAAUUGUGUGCAUAUCACCAGCAUCAUCGCAGGGCCCCAGCACAGCCACUAUCACUCUGCGAAUUGAUCGGGCCAGCGUUUGGAACCAAGAUGUAAUUUUUACUUACACUGAAGACCCCACUGUCUCUCGAGUGGAGCCAGCUUGGAGUAUUUUCAAUGGCAGCACAGCAGUCACAGUGACCGGGACCCACCUAAUGACCAUUCAGGAUCCAAGAAUUCGGUCAAAGUAUGCUGGCAUAGAGACCAUAAAUACAUGUCACAUCCUUAACGACACACUGAUGCUCUGCAAGGCUCCAGGAAUCUACACCUCUAAUGGAGAGGCUGUUCCAGAAGACGGUGUUCAGCCAGAUGAGUUUGGUUUUGUCUUGGACAAUGUAACAAGCCUUCGCACCUUGAACUUCACCACAUUUACCUACUACCCCAACCCCGUGGUGGAGCCCUUCGGGCCUGGUGGCACUCUGGAGAUAAAGCCAGGCUCCCAUGUCAUCCUCAAGGGAAGAAAUCUGCAGCCUGCUGCCCCUGGAGGAGCAAAGCUGAACUACACAGUGCUAAUCGGGGAUGAACCGUGUGCACUUACGGUGUCCGACACUCAGCUGCUGUGUGAUUCUCCCAGCCAGACAGGAGAACACCGCGUGACUAUUCUUGUUGGAGGGAUGGAAUUCUCUCCGGGAAGUCUCCGGAUCUACUCCGACAGCUCCCUCACCCUGCCAGCCAUAGUGGGGAUCGGUGCUGGGGGUGGAUUGCUGCUGCUUGCGAUCAUUGCUGUUCUCAUUGCCUAUAAGAGGAAAACACGAGAUGCCGACCGCACCUUGAAACGCCUGCAAAUGCAAAUGGAUAAUCUGGAGUCACGGGUUGCUUUGGAGUGUAAAGAAGCCUUUGCAGAGCUCCAGACAGACAUUAAUGAGCUGACUAACAAUAUGGAUGGCGUGAAGAUCCCAUUCCUGGAUUAUAAGACAUAUGCGAUGCGCGUGCUUUUCCCAGGAAUUGAAGAUCACCCUGUACUAAAGGAACUGGAUAUGCCUCCAAAUGUGGAAAAGGCUUUAAGACUGUUUGGACAGCUUCUAAACAACAAAACAUUCUUAUUGACUUUUAUACAUACGCUGGAAAACCAACGCAGCUUCUCCAUGCGGGACCGCGGUAACGUGGCCUCCUUGACUAUGGUGUCGCUGCAGGGCCGCAUGGAAUAUGCAACAGUCGUCCUGAAACAGCUGUUGAGUGACCUCAUUGAGAAGAAUCUGGAGAGCAAGAACCAUCCUAAACUACUGCUACGCAGGACGGAGUCGGUAGCUGAGAAGAUGUUGACAAACUGGUUCACUUUCUUGCUGUAUAAGUUCCUAAAGGAAUGUGCUGGAGAGCCACUCUUUAUGCUCUUCUGUGCCAUAAAGCAGCAGAUGGAGAAAGGCCCUAUUGAUGCCAUCACUGGGGAAGCCCGCUACUCACUAAGUGAGGACAAACUCAUCCGGCAACAGAUCGACUACAAAGUCCUGACUCUGAGCUGCAUCUGCCCAGACAGUGAGAAUGGCACAGAGAUUCCUGUUAAAGUUUUAAACUGCGAUACGAUUACCCAAGUGAAGGACAAGCUUCUGGAUGCUGUGUACAAAGGGAUUCCCUAUACACAGAGGCCAAAAGCGGAGGAUAUGGACUUAGAAUGGCGUCAGGGCCGCAUCACCCGUAUUGUGCUCCAGGAUGAGGAUGUCACCACCAAAAUUGAGUGCGACUGGAAGAGACUAAAUACUCUGGCACAUUACCAGGUCACAGAUGGCUCCACUGUGGCUCUCAUUCCCAAGCAGGUAUCGGCCUACAACAUCACCAACUCCUUCACCUUUACUCGUUCGCUCAGCCGUUAUGAGAGUCUUCUACGGACAUCCAGCAGCCCAGACAGCUUGAGAUCGCGAGCUCCCAUGAUAACUCCUGACCAAGAAACGGGCACUAAACUCUGGCAUCUGGUGAAGAAUCAUGACCACACGGACCAUAAAGAGGGUGACCGUGGCAGUAAAAUGGUGUCAGAGAUUUACCUCACCCGGUUAUUGGCCACUAAGGGUACACUGCAGAAGUUCGUGGAUGACCUGUUUGAGACUGUGUUCAGCACAGCCCACCGGGGCAGCGCUCUGCCUCUUGCCAUCAAAUACAUGUUCGACUUUUUAGAUGAGCAAGCUGAUAAAAGGCAAAUAACAGAUCCAGAUGUCCGGCACACAUGGAAAAGCAACUGUUUGCCGCUCCGCUUCUGGGUGAAUGUGAUCAAAAACCCGCAGUUUGUCUUUGACAUUCACAAGAACAGCAUCACAGACGCCUGCCUCUCUGUGGUGGCUCAGACAUUCAUGGACUCAUGUUCCACCUCUGAGCAUCGACUCGGGAAGGACUCGCCAAGUAACAAACUGCUCUAUGCCAAGGACAUCCCUAACUAUAAGACCUGGGUGGAAAGAUAUUAUAGAGACAUCGGCAAGAUGCCUGCAAUCAGCGACCAGGACAUGGACGCCUAUCUUGUUGAGCAGUCUCGCCUCCAUGCAAAUGAAUUCAACUCCCUGAGUGCUCUCAGUGAGCUUUUUUUCUAUGUCAACAAAUAUAGAGAGGAGAUCCUCACUGCUUUGGACCGAGAUUCCUAUUGCCGAAAACACAAACUGCGCCAGAAAAUGGAACAAGUUAUCAACAUGGUCUCAAGUAAUAGCUGA